CAUUUGUUAUUCGUCGAAAACCCUCAGAUAUCUCUGUCUCCCCCCGCUUAAACCCUGUGACUUUACUGCCUGCACCCUCGCCUACCCCUGAUCCUUCUCACUUUUGCCCUCAACUUCUGGAGAACUUUACCCCCUCUUACCCUGGAGACUCUGAUCAACCUCUGGCUAACCCUGAUCGUAUCCUGUUUGUGGAUGGCAGCUCCGUUCUGACCUCAGAUGGCUUAUGCCACGCCGCCUAUGCCAUAGUUACCUCUGAGGCGGUUGUUGAAGCAGCCCCCCUUCCUCUUGGGACUACUUCCCAGAAGGCAGAGCUCAUAGCCCUAACCUGGGCACUCCAUCUGUCCAAGGGACAACGAGUCACCAUUUACACUGACUCCAAAUAUGCUUACCUCAUAUCCCACACUCAUUCGGUUAUUUGGCAAGAAAGGGGAUUCCUGACUACCAAAGGUACCCCUAUCGUAAAUGGGCCGCUCAUUGCCAGGCUCCUCGAGGCCCUACGCCUACCCACCGAGGUCGCCAUUGUCCACUGCCGGGGACACCGAACUACCCCUGACUCGGUCUCCCUAGGCAACAAUAAAGCUGAUACGGUGGCCAGGCAGACGGCCGUUAGCGCCACUCCUGCCCCUGUACUCUUCCUCAACACUGCACAUCAACCUUGUUACACCGAGGAAGAGACGCUAGCACUCCAAAAGUUGGGGGGCAAACUAGGGAACAAAGGGUGGAUCCACAUGCAGAACCGCAUUGCCAUACCUGAAAACCUGGCUCACACCCUGGUCACAGAAAUUCACCAGUCGCUCCAUAUCAGCCCCAAGGCGUUGUUUCAAUUCUUACAACCUCUCUUCUACCACCCUUCUCUGUCCAAGGUCAUUGAAACCGUUCACAGGGCAUGCACUGUCUGUUCGGCUGUCAGUGCACAAGGUGGGAUCCGCAGGCCAGGACCUAACCACCAGUUGCGAGGCCACCAGCCGGGAGAAGACUGGCAGCUGGACUUCACCACCAUGCCCCGUCAUAAAAACCUCGGCUACCUACUAACCCUGGUUGACACGUUCACAGGUUGGAUAGAGGCCUAUCCCACAGCCGCGAGACGGCGGACGUCGUGGUUGCAAUCCUUAUUGAACACAUCAUUCCCCGUUUCAGACUGCCCCGAACCCUCCAGUCAGACAAUGGACCUGCCUUUAUAUCCAGCAUUACCCAGCAAGUGGCUGAAAGUCUCAAUAUCUCCUGGAGAUUGCACAUCCCUUACCAUCCUCAGUCCUCAGGUCCUGCUAUCAGGGAAAGACACCUCCACUCUCCCCUACUGCACCCCCUCGGGAAUCUUCCUCUCCUGCCCAAAAGGGAUCUAUUGCUGCCUAACUGCCAGUGAUUCCUUGGAUUGUACUCUCAUCCUUCUGUCUCCUACCACCAGCAUCUACUCAUCUGAACAACUCAUAUCUCAACUGUCCCCUACCUCUUGGAAGGGUUGCCUUCCUCCCCUUAAUAGGGGCAGGACUAACUAUCGGUGUGGCAACUGGGGCGGCAGGGCUGGGAACCUCCGUUAACUUCUAGGCACUCAAUGAGGACAUGGAACGAAUAGCAGACUCACUCACCGCCUUACAGACUCAGAUCACCAGCUUAGCCGCUGUCACCCUACAAAACCGACGCGCCCUAGAUCUCCUCACCGGCAAAAAAGGGGGAACAUGCCUUUACUUAACGAAAAGUGCUGCUACUUCGUCAACCAGUCGGGCAUAGUCACCUCCAAGGUCAAAGAACUCAAAGACCGGAAGACCAGAUCCCAGCUAGACGCCAAGAUGACUCCAUUUGGGGCUUAAGUCCCCAAGCCUGGGUAACUUGGCUCCUCCCCCUCUCAGGGCCCCUCUGUAUACUCCUCCUGUUAAUCUCAAUCGCUCCCUGCCUUAUACGUUGCUUACAGGAGCGCCUGCAAGAAAUCAGGGUAUCAGUCAACCAACUCCUCCUACAGCCCUAUUUCCACCUGCCCACAUCCGAUGGCCUCUACGACUGGCCUCUACGACGACGUCCCACUGCCAGCAGGAAGUAGCCAGAAUAGAGUCGACGCCCCCUGACACCAAUAUAAAUAUAAAGAGGUCGGAAUGAUGGGCCGGCUGGGAAACAGGGUCUCCAAGAUGCCGGAUCACCCCGCCAACCCUCUCCAAGAUGAAGAAUAACUUUACAGAAUGUGAUAGGAAUUCUUGUUUGUUUCUUACAAUGCCAUUGCCUGCUUGUAUAUUUAGAGUGGAAAUUAGGCUGGCUCACUGGGUAGAGCAUGGGACUCUGAAUCUCAGGGUUGUAGGUUCAAGCCCCAUGUUGGUUGUAGAGAUUACUUAAAAAUGAAAUAUUUAAAACAAAACAAGUGGAAUCUGUUGUCUUGACAUGGAACAACUGUUUCUUUUUGCCCGUUUUUGUACUUCAUUCGAAUGAAAUCAUUCAAUAUGGACUCUGGC